AAACAUAGUUGUGCUACACAACAAUCUGGUGAAAUACUGUCCACAUUGUUCUCUUCUGUCAUCUUAAAAUAUACGUUUUGCAUCAAAUGGUUAUUUUCUUCAUAAAUCGAAAAAAUUAAAAAAUUGCUUAGACCCACAGUUCAGAAAACCCCGAAAUGUACGAUCAUAGAAGACGUAGAAAACCAGCAAUGAAUCCUCGUUGACAGGCUAGAGAGGUCAGGAACUGUUGGCAUCAAUAAUUAAAAAGAAAAUGACUAAAAUAAAUGUUUGAUUAUCAGUAUAAUUGUCAAUACAAUUCCCCGUCAGAUUAAUCAAUUGAUUGUUUCACUUCCAAUCCGAUAUUGUUUAAUUCUGAGGCAUUUUUAAGGGGAAAAAAGGUUAGGAGUCAUAGCUGGAUAACACUUUGGAAACUCUAUUUUUGAUUCAUGUUUGAUAUUUUAUCAAUUUGAAUCAACAAAGGUGGUGGUGACCAAAUAUAUCGCUAGCAUUCAUUAAAGUCUGCAGAACUGAAAUAUAUUGAAAACCUUGGAGUUUUUCCCUGAUUUCUAUAAUGUCCUGUUGGUCAUUAGGGGCUGAUGAUCGAUGGCACAGAAUGUUCUUUUGAUGUCAACAGAGAUUUGGCCCAGAUUAUUGUCAUCCUUGAACUAAAAACACAAAUGUUAUGUUAAUACCAAAACCUUUUAAAUGGAUCACUGAUGCAUAUGUGUGCUAUUGGGACAUACUACAACGUUCAGAAUAUUGCACUGGGAGGUCUGGGAACACUUUUGUGUUAUGUUGUUGGAGCCCUUAACAAACUCUAGAGGGCAGUGUUGCUCUGCCUCAUUCAGAUCCCCUCACCCUGAUUUGAUUGUGCUGCGUGUAUAAUUAGAUUUUACAUUUUCUAUUUGUUUUGUGAACAGAUACUUUAUAAGAAAUUCACACACUCAGCUUUAAGAAAGCGUAAAUUUCCUCUCCCAAACUGGUGCUAAGUGCCUCUCCAAUGAAAUAUGUCAUCAUUGUAACUGUGAGCACAGCUGCAGCCAUUCAGAGACGGACACAUAGCUCCCAUAAGACCUCAGUACUUUCAUCCAGACACACCCAAACAUGCACACGCACACAUAGCACACGCACACACACACACACACACUUCUUUGUGACUGGGCCUGCGGCCUUGACAGUGAUCUCCGUGCACAUGUGUGAAGGAGCGUCUUCAGUUACUGCCCCUGCCUCUGCACACACAUUGGUUUGAAAAGUUAUUUAGGGCAUCAGAUGUGUCACUGUAACCCUGUACUUCUCAUGAAAUAACAGGAGGAGUCAAGAGUAUACCCUGCCAUUCUUCCCCUGUGUCAACUGACAGGGGAUCUCCCUCUAAACACAGGCUGCGGCUCUCUUUGCUGCUGCGUUGGGUUGGAUUCUCUUUUUGAAACAAUGGACAACAGUCCUCUGCAGGUGUUGACUAUCCCGACGGCACCAUACCCCGACCAGAGACCCGGCACCGGCGGCCUGACGAAAAAGGUCCAUGUAUUCCAGUCAAGGAGACACUAUCUCCACAACUUCAUCCAGAGUAUCUUCUCCUCCAUUGACCUCCGGGACCGACAGGGAUCAACAGUGGUGGUGGGGGGAGACGGCCGCUUCUUCAACAGAACAGCUAUUGAGGUCAUUGUGCAGAUGGCAGCUGCCAACGGGGUGGGUCGUAUGAUCAUUGGACACCACGGGAUAAUGUCCACACCGGCCAUAUCCUGUGUAAUCAGGAAAUACAAAGCCAUCGGUGGCAUCAUCCUCACUGCCAGCCACAACCCUGGUGGAGCUGAUGGAGACUUUGGCAUUAAGUUCAACACUGCAAAUGGAGGCCCGGCCAAGGAGGCUGUCACAAACAAGAUCUUUCAGAUCACCAGGACCAUUGAGGAGUUUGCCAUCUGCCCCGGACUCCUUGUGGAUUUGACAACUCUGGGCAAACAGAUGUUUGAUCUGGAAAACAAGUUCAAACCAUUCACAGUGGAAAUUGUGGACUCUGUGGAAUCCUACGCUAACUUGUUGAGGAACAUCUUUGACUUUGCUGCUCUGAAGGAGCUUCUCUCCGGUGAAGAUCACAUCAAGAUAAGACUAGAUGCCAUGCAUGGAGUGGUGGGGCCGUAUGUGAGGAGGAUCCUCUGUGAGGAGCUGGGCUGCCCUGUCAAUUCUGCCAUCAACUGUGUUCCCUUGGAGGAUUUUGGGGGUCAACACCCAGAUCCUAACCUCACCUACGCUGCAGAUCUGGUUGACAGCAUGAGAGAUGGACAAUAUGAUUUUGGUGCAGCAUUUGAUGGUGAUGGGGACCGUAACAUGAUCCUUGGUAAACAUGGUUUUUUCGUCACCCCACCGGACUCUGUGGCUGUUAUUGCUGACAACAUCUUCUGCAUCCCAUACUUCCAACAUACAGGGGUGAGAGGCUUCGCCCGCAGCAUGCCCACAAGUGCAGCUUUAGACAGAGUAGCCAAGGCAACAAAAAUAGAGCUAUAUGAAACUCCGACUGGGUGGAAAUACUUUGGAAACCUAAUGGACGCAGGCAGACUGUCUUUGUGUGGGGAAGAAAGCUUUGGAACAGGUGGAGACCAUAUUCGUGAGAAGGACGGGCUUUGGGCCGUGCUGGCAUGGCUAUCCAUCCUGGCCACUAGAAAGCAGAGUGUGGAGGAUAUCCUUAAAGACCAUUGGCUGAAAUACGGAAGGAACUACUUUACCAGAUAUGACUACGAGGACGUAGAAAUAGAUGCAGCCUGUGAGAUGAUGAUGGAUUUGGAGAUUUUGAUUGUCGACAAGUCCUUCGUGAAGCAGAGAUUUGCUGUGAAGGACAAAAUCUACCAAGUGGAAAAAGCAGACAACUUUGAGUACACAGACCCGGUAGACAGCACCAUAUCCAGGAACCAGGGUCUGCGGAUAAUCUUCUCUGAUGGUUCUCGGAUCAUCUAUCGACUCAGUGGGACAGGUUGUGAUGUGGCGACAGUUCGAAUCUACAUCGACAGCUAUGAAAAGGAGCAAAUCUUAGAAGACACGCAGGUGAUGCUGGCACCCCUGGCAACCAUCGCUCUGAAGAUUUCCCAGCUCCAUCACAGGACGGGUCGAACUGGCCCAUCUGUCAUCACAUGAUUCCUCCCAUUUGUUACUCCAUCCUUGCUAAACUAAUGCCCUCCUAUUUUUUCUUUCCAGAUGUUUGUAUAAACUGAGCUUCAAUUCCAAGUACAGCUGCACAACAUGCAACAGUUUGCAUUUUAGGCUAAAAAUAUAUUCAGUGUUUUUCUCUGUUCGACAUUAAACUGCUUUUUAUUUUUGUGUCA